GAGGCGGCGGCGGCGGCGGCGGCGUCGGAGCUACGCCACACGGGGCCGGGGCGCCGGGAGCCGGAGCGCAGCGCGGGGUCGUGGCGGCGGCGGUGAGGGGAGCACGGCGGAGGAGGCGGAACCAUGGCGGGCCAGCAGUUCCAGUACGAUGACAGCGGGAACACCUUCUUCUACUUCCUCACCUCCUUCGUGGGGCUCAUUGUGAUCCCCGCCACCUACUACCUCUGGCCGCGAGACCAGAAUGCGGAGCAAAUUCGAUUAAAGAAUAUCAGAAAAGUAUAUGGAAGAUGUAUGUGGUACCGUUUACGAUUAUUAAAACCCCAGCCAAAUAUUAUUCCUACAGUAAAGAAAACAGUUCUCCUUGCAGGAUGGGCAUUGUUCUUGUUCCUUGCAUACAAAGUUUCCAAAACAGACCGAGAAUACCAGGAGUACAAUCCUUAUGAAGUCUUAAAUUUGGACCCUGGAGCAACAGUAGCAGAAAUUAAGAAACAAUAUCGCUUGUUGUCACUUAAAUAUCAUCCAGAUAAAGGAGGUGAUGAAGUUAUGUUCAUGAGGAUAGCAAAAGCUUAUGCAGCUUUAACAGAUGAAGAGUCUCGGAAAAAUUGGGAAGAAUUUGGAAAUCCAGAUGGGCCUCAAGCUACAAGUUUUGGAAUUGCCUUGCCAGCUUGGAUAGUUGACCAGAAAAAUUCGAUUCUGGUUUUACUUGUAUAUGGAUUGGCAUUUAUGGUUAUCCUUCCUGUUGUUGUGGGCUCUUGGUGGUAUCGGUCAAUACGCUAUAGUGGAGACCAGAUUCUAAUACGUACAACACAGAUUUAUACAUACUUUGUUUAUAAAACUCGAAAUAUGGAUAUGAAACGGCUCAUCAUGGUUUUAGCUGGAGCUUCUGAAUUUGAUCCUCAAUAUAAUAAAGAUGCCACAAGCAGGCCAACAGAUAAUAUCUUAAUACCACAGCUAAUUAGAGAAAUUGGCAGCAUAAAUUUAAAGAAGAAUGAGCCUCCACUUACCUGUCCAUAUAGCCUGAAGGCCAGAGUUCUUUUACUGUCUCAUCUUGCUAGAAUGAAAAUUCCUGAGACCCUGGAAGAAGAUCAACAGUUCAUGCUGAAAAAAUGUCCUGCUCUGCUUCAAGAAAUGGUUAAUGUAAUCUGCCAGCUAAUAAUAAUGGCCAGGAGCCGUGAAGAAAGGGAGUUUCGUGCUCCAACUUUGGCAUCCUUAGAAAACUGUAUGAAGCUCUCCCAGAUGGCUGUCCAAGGCCUCCAGCAGUUUAAGUCUCCCCUUCUGCAGCUCCCUCACAUUGAGGAGGACAACCUUAGGAGAGUUUCCAACCAUAAAAAGUACAAAAUUAAAACUAUUCAGGAUUUGGUCAGUUUAAAAGAAUCAGACCGUCAUAGUCUGCUGCACUUCCUUGAAGAUGACAAAUAUGAAGAGGUAAUGGCAGUCCUUGGGAGUUUUCCCUAUGUGACUAUGGAUAUAAAGUCACAGGUACUGGAUGACGAGGAUAGCAACAAUAUCACAGUAGGAUCCCUAGUCACAGUGCUGGUGACAUUGACAAGGCAGACGAUGGCCGAAGUAUUUGAAAAGGAGCAGUCCAUCUGCGCUGCGGAGGAACAGCCUACGGAAGACGGGCAGAGUGACGCCAGCAAGAACAAGGCCAAGGGAGGGUGGCAGCAGAAGAGCAAAGGACCCAAGAAGAUGCCCAAGUCCAAAAAGAAGAAGCCUUUGAAAAAGAAGCCCACAGCUCUGCCCUUCCCCCAGACCAAGCAGCAGAAGCAGAAGCAGGCGAACGGCGUUGUUGGGAGUGAGACUGCAGUAAAGGAGGAAGAAGAUGACAUUUCUGACAAAGGCAGUGAUUCUGAAGAGGAGGAAACCAACAGGGAUUCCCAGAGUGAAAAAGAGGAUGGCAGUGACAGAGAGUCUGAUAGAGAGCAGGAUGAGAAACAAAACAAGGAUGACGAAGCAGAGUGGCAAGAAUUACAACAGAGCAUACAAAGAAAAGAGAGAGCUCUUCUGGAAACCAAGUCAAAGAUCACACACCCUGUGUAUAGUCUUUAUUUUCCCGAGGAAAAACAAGAGUGGUGGUGGCUUUAUAUUGCAGAUAGGAAAGAACAGACAUUAAUAUCCAUGCCGUAUCAUGUAUGUACACUGAAGGAUACAGAAGAGGUAGAACUGAAGUUUCCUGCACCAGGCAAGCCUGGAAAUUAUCAGUAUACAGUUUUUCUGAGAUCAGACUCCUAUAUGGGUUUGGAUCAGAUUAAACCACUGAAGCUGGAAGUUCAUGAGGCCAAGCCUGUGCCAGAAAACCACCCACAGUGGGAUACGGCAAUAGAAGGUGAUGAAGACCAGGAAGACAGUGAGGGAUUUGAAGAUAGCUUUGAGGAAGAAGAGGAGGAAGAGGAAGGUGAUAACUAACCAGUGUAUGCGUGGACCACAGCGUUUGCACAUACUUGCAAACAUCUGCUGCUUUGUAAAUUAUAAUAACGCAGAAGCAGUGGGGAACUGAUGCGGUGGGAAGUGUUGGCAUCUUUCCUAGAAAUGGAUACGUCAUAUAGGCAGUUGGUGGUGCCGUGGUACAAUCUGAAAGGGCUUCUUUAAAGCCUUUCAGGUAUGGGGUGGUGCGAUCAUAUCAUCUGCAAAUGAUAAUAAAUCCUUCAUUGUUAAAACUGUCCAGAAGCGUGGGCUGUGCAUUACCUGAUCAGUUUACGGUCUCAGUCAGAGUCAAGGUACAUGAAAAACAGUCUUUGUUCAGCUUUAGUUUUAGUAAACAUAAAAUAUGAUAAACAUCACAAAUAUGUUUUAAGUAAUAUCUGCUCAAGUUUUUAAUCUUUUAAUAAGCUCCGUUAUUCAUUUAUCAAUAUUUUACAAAUGGUAAGAUUGUAACAGUUCCAUACAUGAGUUCAAACCUUUAUUUUUCAUCUGUCUUGGCCAUAACUUAGCAUUCUCACACAUUCCACACAAUACAGAGGGCUACAUUUUGGAAUUUUCUGUUCUUAAUUGCCCAGAGUUAGCAGACAUUACAAAAGUGGCUUUUAAUGGCUUAAGGCCUCUCAAAGCCUCCAUUGGUGUCUGCACAAGAUCUCAUUCUUCUGAUAAGCUCAGGGCUGAAAGGGAUUGUGGGACCACCCGUUCUCUGAUGCUUAGGUCAUGUUAUCCAGUCUUUUGAAAAGGGUUACUAUAAAAGCUGGACUACAUUCUUAGCUUUUAAUCUACCUGACUAUCAGAAGCCUUUUAAAGAAAAUAAAUACAGCAUACAAAGGAGGCAUUUUUUGUAUUCAUUUUGGACUCCUGUUAAUAAAAUAGAAGUUUGACUCAUUUUAUGUUUGUAAUUGUGUUUGUCUUUUUACUCCUAGAGAAAGGGCAUAAAUAGGGUAAUCUCUUAUUUUUCAACUAAAAGUUUAAUAUUGUACCUCACUGUGGAAGUGACUGCUAUCUCUGUAUACUCUUGGAAAACCCAGGAGAAAGAGCUAUUUUCUCUCAUCUAGUACAACCUAAAGGGCAGUGCUCAACAUAGAGUAAGUGUGUGUGUGAUGAGUCUCUGAGGUAAGAGGAAUAUUUUUAUUACUAGAUAUGGAGGACACACAAGUCUACAAUACUAUAAUAAGAUUGAUUGCAAUAAUCCUAUCAAACUCUCCAUAGGCCAAAGUACUGUUGCAAUACUUAUGUUUAUUUAAGAAGUUGCUACUCUUCAUGCAGAAUUAUCACUGGUAUUUUGUUACUACAGUAGUUGGAAAUAAAAUUUGAAGAUUACCAAAAAUAUGAAUUUUUUGUUGUUGUUCUAAAUUUAAGAUGUAACACUGAACAGUUGAAGUGUCUAUUAGACCCUUGCUUACUCUUGGUGUUCUACUGAGGGUUUGAUUCAUUUGUUUCUAUAUGUAAGUGGGUGGGUUUGCCUUUCAAAUCAGAUCUUACUGGAAAGCUCCAGAGUUGAUUGUAGUUGCUAGACAUGUUGGUGUGAGGGAGUGAGCCAGCUGUGUCAGGGGAAAGGAGAGAGGCCUGGGAGACUGGACAAGCAGACUUGGAGUAUUUGCAGUCCCUAGCUUUGCUGAAGUAGAUGGCUCGAGAAGAGUUCUCUAGUGGCUGUUUUCCCUCUGAAAGGGUGUACAGAGUCCAUUCAAACAACUGGCUUCUCUAGUUUGAGACGCCCUGAUGAGGAUUUUACAACCUAUUAACAGCACUGUGCUUACAAAACAGCAUGGCUUCCAUGAUUGGAAAUCCCAACAAUUCGCUGGUGUUUGCCUAUUUUGUGAUGUGUCAACAUCCCAACCUAAAGAACCAGUUUUCCUCUAACCAGGUAGCUUAGGUGAAAGACCUCAGUUACGGUUUACAUCUCUACUCAGUCACCAAACUCCACAUCCCUUCUUUCUCCACAAUGGAAUUAAUGGCUUGUCCUGGUUUGCAUUUAGUUGAAAGGAAAGUUUUGAAUGAUGUUUGUUUUUACUCCUAUUCAAAACAUUGACAUUCUGUCAAUGUUUGUUUUUACUCCUAUUCAAAACAUUGACAUUCUGUCAAUAGACUAAAUGAAUAUAUAAAUGAAAACACAGUAUGUACAUACAGAGUGAAAUUGAUUAUAUGAAAUUAAGUUAUUUGUGUAAUAUUUUUAAUCUCUAAAUUUGCAAAGUAUCCAUCAAAAUACAGCCUUCCACAAGGAGACUUAACUACCAGGUAAAAGUGUGGAAGGUGCAAAGGUUAGCAUUGUAGGACCUGACUGAGGCCUCAGACUCAAAAUUAGUUAGAUGUUUAUUUAUGUUCUCUAAAAUUUGUGAUAUUUGAAAAGAAUCGAGCACAUUGAAUGAGAUUCUGCACAUGGAGCAAUCUCUUGUUCUCUGCUCUGCCUUUGCCAGCAUGAACUGAGGGGUGGAGAAGGACAGGCUGUUCAGUGGUACCAUUCUACUGGAAAGCUCGGGCCCUGUAGAGGUAUAGGAGUAGAAUGCCAGCCCCCGAUGUGGAACUGGGGAGUUGCAUGUUAGGGAUGUGUUGAGGCUUUCUUAGCAUGUUCUGGUUUUGUUUUUGUGUUUUUGAGACAGAGACUCACUAUAUAGCCUAGGCUGGCCUUGAACGCACAGUGUAGCUCAGGUCAUGAACCUUGUGAUCCUCCAGCCUCAGCCUCUUGAGUGAGUGAUAGGAUUACAGGCAAGAGCCACCACACCUGGUAUUGAACACAUUUACUACAUUUAUUCAGGUAUCUGCUCCAGCUAGCUCCUACCAUACACUGGAGUGUUGGUCAGUAAUAAUCUGUAUUUCAAAUGCACUUUGGUACCCUACAUGUUUUUGAGGAAUUUUUUAUCAUGUAUUUACUGAGUUUCCAUGUCCAGGCUCUGUGACUUUGGCACUAUAAUGUGGACUCUCUUUGUGUUAAAACUUACUUGGAUUGGGUCAGGACAUAGGUGGGAAUUCAUUUUAAUCUUUUUCCUUUGGCACGGUGGCCAAUAUUUAGAAUGCCCCCCCCCCAUCUUUUCACUAGGCAGAGGAAUUACUACUACUACUACUGCUACUACUACUACUACUACUACUAUUAUUAUUAUUAUAGGGACUAGCUAUUGAGUUAGUUGGCCUUUGUCCAUCCCCUUUGGAUGAAACAAGAGUCGUCCUUUGUUUUUAAAUGCCUCUUUUUUGAAGCAUUUUCUCAAGUCUAUGAAUCCCCUAUUUAGUCUGCCUUAAAGUGGAACAACUGUCGGUGAACUGGAGCAUGCCGUUCUACCAGCUGUGCAGUGAUUAGUUCAAAUGUGUCCCAAGAAGUUAGCAUCAUCAUACACUUAAACUUGACACUAGGGCUAUUUACAGAUCUUAACAAACAAAACAGAUGUGAUCAUGUACAUUUUCCUGUAACUGAGCUAAAAAUCCAAAUAGCAAUCAUGGAUAUGCUUUAGGACUGGUUUCAGGCAGGUGUGUACAUCCCAGGGGUAUGCAGAUAAUAAGUCCAUUGAGAAAAUGUUAAAAUAAUGAUUCUUUGUAUUUAAUCUCAUCCUUUUAAAUUUCUAUUUUUGUGUGUUUUAUAAUGUACAUAAUAUAUUGUACAGUUGUACACUUAUAUAAUUUAUAAAUAAAUAAUACAUUUAUUGGUGCAUUA